GCUCAGCCUCCAUCGCCCUCGCUGUGCUUGCUCUAUUCUUCGUCUUCCUUUCUUCGUCUUAACCUUAGAUAUGGCGGCGUCGGCUUCGGCGAUCAGCAGCUCCUCCUUCUCCGGCCAGACUGCGCUCAAGAGCCCCAAUGAGCUCUCCAGGAAGGUCGGAAAUCUGGGAGAGGCACGCACCGUGAUGAGGCGAACCAGGGCCAGCACUCCCGAUAGCAUUUGGUAUGGUCCAGACCGACCAAAGUUCCUCGGCCCCUUCUCCGAGCAGACACCCUCCUACCUCACCGGCGAGUUUCCUGGCGACUACGGCUGGGAUACCGCGGGUCUCUCGGCCGACCCCGAGACGUUCGCCAAAAACCGGGAGCUCGAAGUCAUCCACUCCCGCUGGGCCAUGCUCGGAGCUCUCGGCUGCGUCACCCCCGAGCUUCUCGCCAAGAACGGCAUCAAGUUUGGCGAGGCUGUGUGGUUCAAGGCCGGCUCGCAGAUCUUCAAGGAAGGUGGCCUCGACUACCUGGGAAAUCCCAACCUCGUCCACGCACAGAGCAUCCUUGCCAUCUGGGCCAGCCAAGUUAUCCUCAUGGGAGCCGUCGAAGGCUACAGAGUUGGAGGUGGACCGCUCGGCGAGGGACUGGACAAGAUCUACCCCGGAGGUGCGUUUGAUCCGCUCGGACUCGCUGACGACCCGGAUACUUUCGCUGAGCUCAAGGUGAAGGAGUUGAAGAACGGCAGACUGGCGAUGUUCUCCAUGUUUGGUUUCUUCACUCAGGCCAUUGUUACAGGCAAGGGACCCAUCGAGAACUUGCUCGACCACCUUGACAACCCCACCGUCAACAAUGCCUGGGCGUAUGCAACCAACUUCACUCCCGGAUCUUAGACGCUUCAAUUUGCAAAGAAAAAAAAGAAAAAGAUGUUGUUCCGAGAUCACUGUAAACCAGAAUAAAACAUGCUUACUUCUUGUCA